AUGACUUUAGAGAUUUUUCUGGAUGGGUUUAAAGGAGGAGAUGAUGAAGAGGACCUUUUCCAUGCCUGCACAGAAACAAGAAACAAUUGCAAUCACCCUUACCACCUCAGGAGCCGCUGGCCCAACUCCAGCGCGGGCGCCGGGGGCUACGAGAACGACACCUGGCCCGAGUACCCCGCGCACCUGUUCCCGGCCCCGGUGCUGACGGGCAUCACCGUCACCUGCAUCCUCCUCUUCGUGGUUGGGAUUGUGGGCAACCUCAUGACCGUGCUGGUGGUGUCCCGGUUCCGGGACAUGCGGACCACGACCAACCUCUACCUGUCCAGCAUGGCUUUCUCGGACCUGCUGAUCUUUCUCUGCAUGCCCCUGGAUCUUUUCCGCCUCUGGCAGUACCGGCCCUGGAACUUCGGAGACCUCCUCUGCAAGCUCUUCCAAUUCGUCAGCGAAAGUUGCACGUACUCCACCAUCCUCAACAUCACCGCCCUGAGCGUGGAGCGGUACUUCGCCGUCUGUUUCCCCCUCAAGGCCAAAGUGGUGAUCACCAAGGGGAAAGUCAAGCUGGUCAUCCUAGUGCUCUGGGCGGUGUCCUUUGUAAGCGCGGGGCCCAUUUUUGUCCUGGUUGGGGUCGAACACGAGAAUGGGACGAACCCUUUGGACACCAACGAGUGCAGAGCUACGGAGUAUGCGAUCAAAUCAGGGCUGCUCACCAUCAUGGUCUGGACCUCCAGCGUCUUCUUUUUCUUGCCCGUGUUUUGCCUGACUGUGCUUUACAGCCUCAUUGGGAGGAAAAUCUGGAGGAGGAAGAGAAAGAACAUGGGACCAAAUACCUCUAGCAGGGACAAGAACAACAAACAAACUGUGAAAAUGUUAGCUGUGGUGGUGUUUGCUUUCAUACUCUGCUGGUUGCCUUUUCAUGUAGGACGAUAUUUGUUUUCCAAAUCCUUUGAAGCCGGAUCCUUGGAGAUAGUAGCUGUGAUCAGCCAGUACUGCAACUUGGUAUCCUUCGUCCUCUUCUACCUUAGUGCUGCCAUCAACCCGAUCUUGUACAACAUUAUGUCUAAGAAGUACCGAGUUGCUGCUUGCAGGUUGUUUGGACUCAGAGUGCUCCCAAAGAACAGAUUCUCUGUUACAAAGGAAGAACAUUCUCGUGCUUGGACAGAAUCUAGUGUGAUUAUAUGACAACCUCUAUCAAAGCAUCACUUACCAAUAUUACACAGAAAGCCAUAAUGAAAGAGCAAGACAUUCAGGCAAAAUGCAAAGCAGUAUUUCUGUUCAUCAUUGGGGCUUGCUGAAAAAUAUAAUGUAGACAGUUAAAGGUAAUAAAAUGAGUUGAGCACUGAGCAGAUAACACGUGAUCCAUGCUGAAUAAACUCAGCAAUGUUCUAGUAUUAUUUUCCUACAUCUAUUGGUGCCUAUGAUUUUAUAUGAAGACACAGGCAAGGGAGCUGGGCUUUACCAUUAAAAGGCAGGAUGCAACCCUGUCCACCUAACUUCUGCGAUUUCAUUGUGAGGUAAGGUAAGCAGGAUUUAUCCCGUGAUAACCUUAACAUGUCAAUGGAAUCAGGAUAGCAAUCUGAUCAACUUCAUUGAGAGUUUUGCCUAAGUAAAGAUGAGGCCCUAGAAGUUUAAUUCAACUGUUUUUUUUCAAGUAAACAUUGGUUUGUUGUACUAUGCCACCAUCACGGUCAAAAGCAUUCAAGGGGAAAUGAUUUAUGACAGAGAAAGGAAUAAAAAUGGAAAAGUUUCAAACAUGGUAAAAAUCAGUAGCCUUCAUAUCAUGUCAGAACAAAAGGGAAAUAAAAACAGUACCUUAGGCAGAACUGCCUUACAUAGCGAUUGGAGCAGUACUGAUUUUUAAAAUGUAUAUCAGUGUAGCAAGGACAGCAUUGGCUUCAGAAUCACAACAAUAUUUAAAACUAUUUGAAUGCAACUCCCCACCAAAGUGAUCUUUUACAAAAGAAAUAUUCCUUAGUAUGGUAUUUUCCCCCACUUAAAACAUUAAAUCACAAAUCUUAUCAAAAUGCAAUUGAAAAGAGAGCUGUAUCAUCCACACCAUUUCUUUGGCUUGAUUGUAAAUCUGAUGUAUGUGAACUUGUAAGCUUUAUUGUUUUAAAAUAGUAACAAAACUGUGACAAGCUAGGAACUGUCCAUUUGUCACUGUGCUGAACACCAUGGCCAUGCAGAACUUGGUUACAGGGAUAGUCAUUAACCAUUGGAAUUAACAGUUUAUUAAAGGUGAUGGUGGACUCUUCAUCACUGGCAAUAUUUAAAUCAAGAUUGGAUGUUUUUCUUAGAAAUUUGUUCUAGGGCUUAUUUUGGGGCAGUUCUGCAGUGUGUUAUAUACCAGCCGCCAGACCAGAUAAUCACAAUGGUCCCUUCUGUGAAUUUAUGAAACUCCUGCCCCAAAAGUACAGCUCCCUUUCAUCUAAUGAAUACUUGUUUGCUGUUACCAGUAUAGUGCCUAUGACACAGAGCUGAGCAAUUCUAAUUCCAUCCUAUAGAGACCAGUGAUGCAAGUACCAUUGUGCUAGUUUAUUACAAUAUUAAAUCCACAAUUACUCUUUUGCAUCAGUCUGACUUUAUUGGAACAUUUUAAGCAAAGUGACCUGGGAAUUCAUAAUCAAAUCUCAUUUAAAACAGACACAGAGUUGCUGAUCUUUAAACCCGUAGAAUUCCAUUCAUUUUUGUAACUCAAGUCUCUUUUUCCAAGUAUUGUCUAUCUUUUAUGCUGUAUCAUAGAAUCAUAUGUCUGUUCUGUACUGCCUCCGCCGUUACGUAGGCUUAUACAAUCUAAUAGCGUGCAUGUGGAAUAGCAGAUGUAUACUUAUUUUGUUUCUUGUAUUUAUUACUGGUUGGCCCACAGCUUGCUCCACUUAAUACGUUAUUUGUCUUGUCCAAAAUUCCUUUAAGGAUGAUGGGUCAGAUUCUACUCUUUUGUACUUCCAGGUAAUGGAACCGCGCAGGUGUAACUAAAAGCAGAACUUGGCCUAUUCUGUAUAUACUCUCGGUUUUGCAUAUAGAUUGUUUUGUCUGGGCUGUGGUAUCUGGAAAGCAUUAAAGUUAAGACUGCUUUCGUCAGGGUGCGACACCUGAGUCCAUUUUGUGGCUUGAUCCUGCACUUGCUGAAGUCAGUGAGCAUCUUUAAUGUGAAAUAAUUGGGUGCAAAUGUUUAGGUGGAGAGACAAAAGCAGUUCAGGGUUUACAAUCAUCAAAGAUGAACAGGGUUAUCAAAAACUCACUGGUGAGGGAAGCCUCUGCUGGUUUGACACUAGUGAAUGAUUUAUUAGAAUGAGACAAUAACAGGUAAUUCACGGACUAGCCUGUAGAAUUGUCCCUGAGCAGGUCUCUAGCAGUAUCUCUGCUUUGUUGAUUUUUUUUUCUUCAUUUUUCCUCUUUAGAGACAAACAGGGUUCUAGUUAGAUGCAUCAUACAACUCAGGGAAACGAGAAACUUGAGGAUUUUGAAAAGACUGUAAAGUUAUCAGCUCACAAACUGAGUUACUCUGGAUAUGAAUGGAACAUAACCAUGAACAUUUCUAAACUUAACUGUGUCUGAUAUGAGUGUACAGAAAAUGU